UCCUUUAUAACUAAGCUUACUUGCUCUGCUUCCCACACCAUUAUGCUUUUUCUUCUCUUAUAACGUUCCAUCUCUUCAAGGCUCUCCCCGUCUCUUCAAACGGGGGAGCAUUUGAAUUGGAUGAUGAGAUAGGAGUCUGGACAUUUAGAGCAUUUUCUCUGAAGCCGUUCUGUAGUUAAGUGCAUUUGUUUCAUGGCUUCUUGAGGAGGUGAAAGAGUAUUGCAUCUAUUGUGUUGCUAAUACACAAUGGAAUUAAUUGUUGUGGUGUUUUUCAAGGUGAAGUAGAUCCUUGACAGAGAAAGCUUCCUUGCUUAGAUAACCGGGGUGCAUAGUUUGUGUUUGAGGAUUUGCGGUUAAAAUGGAGAAAAGGGGGAGUGUGUUGAUGCAGAAGUACGAGUUUGGAAAAUUGUUAGGGCAAGGAAACUUUGCAAAGGUUUACCAUGCAAGGGACCUCAGAACUGGUGAGAGUGUUGCCAUUAAGGUGAUCGACAAGGAGAAAAUUCUGAAAAUUGGGUUGGAGAAUCAAACCAAGCGAGAGAUAUCUAUUAUGAAACUGGUUAAACACCCCAAUGUUUUGCAGCUUUAUGAGGUUUUGGCCACCAAGACCAAGAUUUACUUCAUCAUAGAAUAUGCCAAAGGGGGUGAACUUUUCAACAGGGUAGCUAAAGGUAGAUUCCAUGAGAACAAGGCAAGGAAGUACUUUCAACAAUUGAUCAGUGCUGUCGAUUUUUGCCACAGUAGGGGUGUUUAUCACAGGGAUUUGAAGCCGGAGAAUUUGCUUUUGGAUGAGAAUGGAGUUCUCAAGGUAGCGGAUUUCGGAUUGAGUGCACUUGUAGAAUCUCAUCGUCAUGACAGCAUGCUGCAUACUGUUUGUGGAACUCCUGCAUAUGUAGCUCCUGAGGUUAUAAGCAGAAAGGGUUAUGAUGGAGCAAAAGCUGAUGUGUGGUCUUGUGGAGUGAUCUUGUUUGUUCUUUUGGCUGGUCAUCUGCCAUUCCAUGAUUUGAAUCUUAUGUCACUGUAUAGGAAAAUAGGUAGGGCUGAUUACCAGUGUCCAAACUGGUUUUCAAUUGAAGUGCGCAGAUUGUUGGCAAAAAUCCUUGACCCUAACCCAGAUACUAGGAUAUCCAUGGCAAAGAUUUUUGCAAAUUCUUGGUUUAGAAAGGGAUUUAACUCCAAAUAUGGUCAAGUGAAAAGAGAGGCUACAAAUGUGGCCUUAGUUGAUUCUGAUCAAGCUUUUGGUUUGUGUGAGAAUGCAAGUGUUGCUGCUGAGGCAGAUCAAGCAUUGGUUAAACCUGCACAUUUGAAUGCUUUUCACAUAAUUUCUCUGUCUGCUGGGCUUGACUUGUCUGGCCUUUUUACUGGCAAUGUUGAACUGGAAGAUAUGAAAUUUAUAUUCAUGAGCUCUGCCUCAUCCAUCAUGUCUACCAUGGAGGAUAUUGCUGGCAUUUUGAGGAUGGAGAUAAUCAAGAAGGAUGAAAGAUUGGUGAAAUUGGAGAGAUCCAGGGAAGGUAGAAAAGGACCACUUUCCAUUGAUGCUGAAAUAUUUGAGGUCACCCCAUCUUUCCAUUUGGUUGAGAUGAGGAAAUCCUGUGGUGAUGCAUUAGAAUACCAGAAGAUAUUGAAGGAGGAUUUAAGGCCAGCUCUCAAAGAUAUUGUUGGUGUUUGGCAAGGUGAGCAGCAUCUCCAGUAGUGAGGUUGUGUUCUAAAAGAUUCUUUGAUUUCAAGUUGUGAAUUAAUUAUAGUUGUGGGAAAGUUACUAUGGUAAUUGAAUUGUUGAUAUUCAUUGAAUUGUACAUGGUUUUGGUUGAGAAUGCCUGCUGAAUUAUGAGAUGUCAUUACAUCAUAACAUAGAUAGAAAUUUAUAUAUAUUUUUCUUCAUGCCAAUAUGUAAAUUCAACUCAAAAUCUAUAGUAUUUU